GACGCAAAGCUCGCACGCACGCACGCACAAGCACAAAGCUUCAUUCAUACCACCCCCCUGCACGGAUAGCCCGCACACAGGUCUCGCCUCGUGCUCGCUCGAUCUCGCCACUGGUCGUCGGUCAGCCUGUGGCGGCCGUGACGGCAGCGCGCCAUGGACGACGCCGACGGUGACCGGCGGAGCAAGGUGCAGCGGCUGUACGACGCGUGCGACGCCGUGUUCUCGCCGGAGAAGGAAGGGCUCCUCACGCUCUCGCAGGUCAGGUGGCUGCAGGGCAUCCUCGACGGGAUGGAGGCGGACGACGUCGGGAUCGACGCGGGCACCGGCGGGGAGGAAGGCGAGAUGGGGUCGUCGUCGUCGUCCUCGUCCUCGGAAGACGAGGCGAGCCCGAGGGCGGCGGCCCGGCGACUCCUCUCGGCGCGGGGGUUCACGCGGAUCACGUACGUGCACAUCCACGAGUGCGACGAUUUCUCGAUGGGCGUGUUCUGCUUCCCGGCGGGCGCGACGCUGCCUCUGCACGACCACCCGCACAUGGCGGUGCUGAGCAAGCUGCUCUACGGCUCGAUGCGCGUCAGCUCCUACGACUGGGUCACCGCGCCGCGCUCCGGCGCAAGAAAGGGCGGUUUAGCCAAGGUGGUGGCCGUCGACGAGCUGCGGGAGGCGCCGUGCAGGGCGUCGGUGCUGUUCCCCCGGAGCGGCGGCAACAUCCACACCUUCACCGCCGUCACGCCGUGCGCGCUCCUCGACGUGCUCGCGCCGCCGUACGCGGAGGACCUCGGCCGGCCGUCCACCUACUUCUCCGACAUGCCCGUCCCUUCUCUCCCAGGUUUUGCAGUGCUGGAACAAGCAGAGUUGCCUGAGGAUUUUCGUGUUGUUGGGGCGCCAUACGUAGGGCCAGAGCUCGUCGUAGACAUGGAUUUCUAUGACUAGAUAGCUCACCGUUUUCCCAAAAGUAGCUGCGUGCAAGUUGUGUGUCAUGUCGUGUGUGUGCAUGUCUGGAAAAUACGUUGCAUCUUCUCCACUCCGCUUGUGAGAUUUGUCAUACACUUCCAUGACGAUUUGUCCUUCUUGUUUAUAUUUUUUCCUUUCCGGCAACUAGUGAUUGACUCACUCUUUGGCAACAAGCUUGUGAGUGUGAGA